CUGACAGGAUAGAUUGGAUGGAUCGGGAAGGGAGGGGUUUAGGGUUCUUGGCGGCUAUGGCGAUCCUGCAGUUCUUGCGGCUGCGCUUCCACAACAAGUACAUCAUCGCGUUUGUGGGGAAUCGCAAGACAACGCAGCAUGCCGAGGCGUCGUCGGUGGAGGCGGCGCUGCGCGAUCGGAUGCCCAAGACGAACAGCCUCCAGGCGGCGGAGCUGGUUGGAUUCACGCUGGCGGAGAGGAUGAGGAAGAAGCAGAUGCUCAGGGCGAGGUUUAACAUGGAGGCCGAGAUCGCGGAGAAGGCGCCCAAGUUCCAUAGCCACAUCAAGGUCAUCACGGACACUCUCCGCAAGAAUGGGAUCUCACUGCUCAGCUAGAUUUUAGCUUAGAAUGAUGCAAGAGGAAGAAGAAGAGGAAGAAUGGCGUCGGCGAUGAUGGAA